AUGAAGAGCAGCCCUUAUAGGCCCCUGAUCCUGCAGAGACGGAAGCUGCCUCUCUCCCAUGGGGAUGCCUCCUCUGGCGCUCUGGCAGGAGAGGAGGGCUCCGGGGGGCAGGGCAAUGGGCCCCUUCGCCACCAACAGGCAAGGGCAGGGGAGCGCAGCACAAAGAGGAAGACACCUGGGACCCUCCAACUCCCUGCUGGGAUCAAGACAACUGACCCUCCGCCGGCAGCCCUCCCUGCUGGCCGGAAUGUCCUGACCAUCAUGGAAGCUCUGGCGGUAGCCCAAGGGAAAGAAUGGGGCAGCUCCAAGCCAAACAAAUCGAUUCCUCUCAGCAGUGGGAGCAGCUCUCCCGCUGUGGAAGCUCGAGAACUGGACCAGCCAUUCAGAUCUGAAGAUCAGCACAGCAGUCCCUCUAACAAAGCACUGGAAGAAGACGAUGCUGGACCAAGCUCUGGGGCAACGAAAGGGCCGGCAGUUUGGGCCUCAGAAUCGCCAUCUCUCGAGGGACAAGAGCAGGAAGGAAACAGCAGUAGAGAAGCUCCAAGUUGCGAACUGGACAGCAGUCUGACCAACAUCCAGUGGCUGGGCAAGAUGAGCUCCGACGGCCUGAGCGCCUGCAGUCUGACCAAAGGGACAGAGAAGGAGAACCAGACACCCAAGCCGGAAGCUGCUGUCCAAAUGGAAAGAGAUGCAGCACCUUCCUCCUCCUCGGCCUCGUGGCUGGAGGCCUUCACUGAGCGACCACCCUAUUCCUACAUGGCCAUGAUCCAGUUUGCCAUCAACAGCACAGAGAGGAAGCGCAUGACGCUAAAAGACAUCUACGCCUGGAUUGAGGACCAUUUCCCUUACUUUAAGCAUGUGGCAAAGCCAGGCUGGAAGAACUCUAUACGGCACAAUCUUUCCCUUCAUGACAUGUUUGUGCGGGAGACCCUUGCCAACAGCAAAACCUCCUUCUGGACUAUUCACCCUGAAGCAAAUCGCUACCUGACCCUGGACCAGGUGUUCAAGCAGCAAAAGCGGCGCACUGCUGAUCUGCAGAAGAACCCGGGGAGCACAGGUGGGAACCCGGCCGAGCCCCACCCUGCCUGCCGCAAAAUGAAGCCAUUGCUGCCCCGCGUCAGUUCCUACCUGGUUCCGGUCCAGUUUCCUCUGAGCCAGUCUCUCCUCCUCCCGCCUUCCACCAAGAUCCCACUGCUUGUGACCCAGAGCACCUCCGAGCCUGCACAGAGCAGCAAGCGGGUACGCAUCGCUCCCAAGGUGUUGCCAACUAGUGUGAAGCCACCCCUGUUUUCCCCUGCCGUCUCCAUAAAAGAAGAGGCUUCUUGUGGGGAAGACUCCUCUCCUCCAUCUGCUUCCCACCAGCCCGCAAAGGAGGAUGCCCGUCAGAGCAACAGAGAGCUGCUCCCCGCAGGCCUGGCUAUAAAAAAGGAAAGGGGCUUUUCCCGGUCUGGGGCAGGGGCCGCUCCAUCGCGCGCAGCGUUGCCCGGGGAGGAGCUGCCAGGGCCAGGGGAGGGAGAGCUUGGCUUGCUCCUCCCGGUGCCCAAAAGGCAGAGGGGGCGGCUUGGAGCCCUGGAGCAGCCCUCCCAGGAGACACCUGAGCUGCAGGGGCACAAGUGGCAUCGCAGGAAGCAGCUCUUGGCCCCGCCUCACCCGGAAGAGCCCGUCCUGCUCCUGCCAUCCAGCCGGGCUGCUUUGGAUCCGUUCACACUGGGACAGCCCCACAGUUCUCCCUUGGAGCAAGGUGGUCGUCCUCUGGGAAGUGCGACCCGCAUGAACUGCUCUCGAGAGUGUGGCCCAUGCAGAACUCCUGCACAAGAGACGUUUGGCAAGCAGCCAGCUUCUUCCCCCCCUUGUGAAAGGCCCACUGGUGCCCCUGCCCUGACGCUGGCUGGUCCCUCCCUCAAGGAAGACAGCGCCCCAGAUCUGAGCCCCCGGAGGAGCCCUCCAGCCCCACUGCUGUCCCUCCAGCAGAACCCAGGCCUUAGCACUUCCCUGGGGCUGUCCUCGUGUGACUCCCCUCAGCCCCCGCUUCUGCAUCCAGAAGCCAGCACCAUGCUCUCAGGGCCACUGGCAAGCUCUCCUUCCUCCAGCAGCCAGUCACCGCCAGAGUUCCAGGCCUCUCUCCUCCUCCUCUCCCCGGGCAACUGUCCCCCCCCAGCAGAGGGCCUCUUCCUGGAUCCCAUGAAUGAGAGCCUGAGCAAAGUCCUGCUGGACGUCAGUUUCCCGGGCUUUGAUGAGGACAGUCUGGGGGCUCCUGAUCUCAGCUGGUCACACCUCUUGCCUGAUCUGAAAUGAGGAGGAGGGGCCUGCUUUCGCUGUGGCCCACAUUCCGCCUUAGCUGUGCUGCAUCACCAGGCUGUGGCCGGUUCCUGGGGUUGGCCACAGGCUGCUUAGAGCUCCUCUGGAUGCUGCUCUGGACGAGGCAGAGGAUGUGGGGGGCAAAGCAGCAGGGGCCGGGCUGUAAAUAUUAGCACUUUGUAAAUGGGGACCCCGAUGCACCCUGGGCUUUGGGUGUGUGAGAAAGGGAAAUGGAGCCAAUUUCUUGGAAGCCCACUUUGCUCAAGUCACCAGAAGCAUGGCUGGCCAUUCCCUGAGGGGGCUUCUAUGGCAGCUCUUGUGCCUGGCUCUUGGCUAACCCAGCGGAUUAGGAAGCGUAUAUUUGACAAGCAAAGCCCGACAUUAGAGAGCCACCCUUUGUCUUUCCUUGAAGAAAUCGAGCUGCUGAAGCCCUUCUCCUCAAGCCCCCAACACUUGACAUGUGACACCCCCACUGAGGGGUCUGGGCCUGGAGCAACACGCCUCUGAUAUGCGCGUGGAGUGACUUUGCAGAACACUUCCUCCUAACCGUGGCCUGGAGCUGUUGCCUUCCAACUCAAGCUCCCACAUCAGUAGAAUUUCCCCCUGGCGCAUCAAGGCCCAGCAAAACAGUGGGCUGGUCCAGAUGCUCUAAGACCCUCGCUUGGGCAUCUUCUCAUGGACGGGCGGAGAGGGGCUCUGAGGAAGCACCGAGAUAUUUCAUGUUCACAACAUACCAGUGUAAAUUGUGCCCCUCUUUUGUAUUGUAUAUUUAAAACUGAAAACUCUGUGAUGUGUAAUUUUCUAUUAUGAACAAGUGAGACCUCAACAAACGGGCCCACGUAGAACUAUUUCAGCCAUAUUCUUCACCCGUGUCUCUGAUAACAACCUCUGCAAUAAAACCCCAGAAGAUGGGC